AUGGUUGACAUCCUCCAAACACCAAAGCUUCGAGGAUGCAGGGACUUUUCACCUUUGAUAAGAAGCACGCGCACUUGGCGCGUCUCGCGUGGCAAUCUUCGUCUCACCAAAUCCACCUCAGUAGGAACAUCAUAUCGAGUGAAAGCAAACAGAGAGAGUUUUGGGUGGAGGUCUCUCUGCGACGCCGCUCCCUCUCCUGAAAGUCCCGCCGAAGUGUGCAUAGGCCAUGUUUUGGACAGUGAAGGUGAUUAUGUGGAAGCACCAAAGGCAUUUAUAGAUAGCCACAGCUUAAGAAAGAGGUGUCAGAGCUGACCCUGCAACGAGACCUUUGCUCAGUCUCAGGUUAAGGAUCUGGUACUAGUGCUGGGAGAUGAUAAACUAUCACCAGUAUGUAUUUCUAAACUGAAGAUUCCAAUUUACUUCAAUAUGUGUUGCAUGUACUAAGUUCAGUUGGUUUUUAUAUGAAUUUAAGCGGAUAUGGAUCAUUAGUAUAUAUCCCAAAUUGCAAGUGCGAAUUUCAUGGGAAAACAUUUAAAUUCAACCCAAAUUUUGUAUCUUCUUAUGUAAUCUUGAAAGGACUCCUUCCUGAAAUUUGCUGGAAAUUGUACUGCAUUUUCAAUUAGAUGCUAAAGCCGGAGAUUGUAAUGCAUUUUCUAUG